AUGAAUAUUCUGAAGAAUCAUCCGAAAGUGCACAUCGGCAAUUACGGCUCGUUCGAGCAUAAAAUCAAGCAUUUUAUGGACGGUGGGCCAGAUAAUUUCGUGGUGGUUGCAGAUUUUGAUUAUACUCUCACAGCAAGCAAAACUAAGACUGGUGAUCAAGUCGAUAUCACUUAUGAUGUAUUUGCUAAGGCAGCAGUAAAUAAAUCACCAACUUAUGACCAUCUGUUCAAGAUAUUGGAUGAGAAAUAUUCUCCUAUUGAAACUAAUUUGUCUCUGAGUGAUAAAGAGAAAUCAUCAGCUAUGUUGGAGUGGUGGAAUAAAGCUAACGAUCUUAUCAUUAGUGCAGGAUUCAGACAGAACGAAAUAUUUGAUCUUGUAAAACAGUCUACGAUGCGGCUCAGAUCUAAUGGUGCUUUAUAUUUCGACGAGUUAGAACGGCUGAAGAUUCCUUUAAUAAUCUUCUCCGCAGGUAUCUCUAAUGUUAUCGAAGCGUCACUGCUGUUUGAAUUAGGAAGAAUUCCGAGAAAUGUCCACAUUAUAUCAAAUACAAUGUACUUCAAUGAAGUGGGUGUUGGUUAUAAAUUCUCGGAACCAGUUAUACAUUCAUUCUCAAAAAAUGGAAGUUUGCUUGAGAAGUACUUGGAGACAAUACAAGAUUUAAAGCUGAAGAAUCGAAUUAUCCUUCUCGGCGACUCUUUAGGAGAUUUACGUAUGUUGGAUGACUGUUCGUUGUCAGAUGAAAGUGAUAACACUAUACUAAAAAUCGGUUUUUUGAACAAAAAUGUUGAUAUGUUAUUGGAUUGCUAUGUCAAAAGUUUUGAUAUGGUUAUAGUGAACGAUCAAACAAUGGACAUCUUGAGACAUUUGAAUUGCAUUUUAUUCACGAAUCACUGCCAUAUAAAUAAAAUCACUACCAUAUAA